CUUGACUGUUCGGGUUUUCAUCAAAUAGACAGGAAUAACGCUCAUCUAUUGCCGUUUUCUCUUUUGGAUAAUACAAACGUACCAAAAGAAACAUGCCGGUGUCAAGAAUGCGCAUGCGACCCUGGCUGGAGAGCAAGAUUGACUCCAACACAAUCGCUGGACUUGUUUGGGUUGACAAGGAGAAAAAGAUGUUCUCCAUUCCCUGGAAGCAUGCUGCACGCCAUGGAUGGGAGAUGGACAAGGAUGCAUGUCUGUUCAAACAGUGGGCAAUACACACAGGCAAAUUCAAGCCAGGAAUUAGUGAGCCAGACCCCAAAACAUGGAAAGCCAACUUCCGCUGUGCCAUGAAUUCACUGCCGGACAUUGAAGAAGUAAAGGACAAAAGUAUCAACAAAGGAUGUGCAGCCGUGCGUGUCUACCGUAUGCUUCAGGUUGUCAAAAACAAGGCCAAGAGGUCAUCAAAGAGUCAGGAUGGAAGAAGGAGGAGAAAGGUACCAAAAGUAAAAAAAAUUGAUGCAGACGAGACAUCAACUGAAGAACAUCUUUACACUCAUGACCAUGAAGACAGAAUCACUCAGGAAAAUACCGUAGACAGCACUGAAAAUCUGAACACAGCAAGCCCUACUUUUGAUGUUCCUGACUGCUCCGGUUAUGAAGAAGAAAUUGGCCCUGACAGCACAAACGAUCUCUACUCUGGCAGGUUCCAGGUUUCACCACUUCACACGACAGACUAUGAGGAAAAAGCUAUUGUUGAGCUCACACAACAAUUGGAGCUUGACAGUUUACAGUGGCUACAAAGCAAUAGCAGUGGAAAGGGGUUCCUGGGCAAUGAAGUAACCAUGACAGAAUCAUACCACAGUCCAGCGAGUCAAUGGAGUGACAACUCAGGAGAGGAGCUCGAGCUACGUUUUUAUACCGAACUGAUCCCUGGCCUGCCCAGCGAAGACCUGCUCAGCUACACAGAUGCAUGGAAUAACAACCAGCACACAACUGGCCUUCCACAAAUCAGCUGUCUCCUUUGAGAGUUACUUCGUGGUCGAUCUACCUGUAUAUUUUAACUUUACCUCGGACUUUAGGUCCAAAAGACAGCCUCCUUCCCUGAGCACAAGCUCUAAUUGCCCAAAGGCUGGUAUGGAAAACCUAACAUCUGGACCCCUGCUGAUUUUGUUUUAUGGACAGACAAGAGUGCACAAAUAGAUAUUAUGUUUUAAAUGGUUCUUUGAAUUAUAAGUAUGACCAUGUUUAAUGUGACUUUUGACAAAUUCCGUUAUCUAAACAUCAGGGUUUUAAUGCAUUAUCUCUCUUCAAAACUGUAUAACAUUUAAAAUGGACUAUUCUAAGCUCUUUAUUAUGUCUUGGGUAAA